AUGGGAUACACCCACUACUUCCACUAUAACGCCAAGAGCAAAACCUGGCAAAAAGCCUGGCCGCACCUGAUCAAAGACACAAAGACCAUCAUCGCCGCCGCAGGCGUCGAACUAUCCGGCCCGGAGUCCCCCGACGGAACCGUUGCCACCGCACCCCUCGUGUCCAAAACCAAAGGUAUCUACAUUAACGGGGUGGACGAGGACGCACACGAGCCCCUGGUCAUCGGGUGCAAGGAGUACUUGUCGCUCGGUUUCGUGAAAACGGCCCAGAAGCCUUAUGAUGUGGUUGUCGCGUGCGUGCUGCUCCGCGCUGCGAUGCUGGCGCCCCGGGCUUUUGUGAUUGGGUCGGAUGGCGAUUGGGAUGGGGUUGGGGAUUGGGGAGAUGCGAGGCGUUUGUAUCGCUCGCUUUGGCCUGGUGAUGAGCUGGAAUGUCCUUGGGGAGAGGGGGAUGUUGUUGGCGUGCUGGUUGAGGAUCCGAGUGGUGGUAGCACUGGUUGUUGUCCUAGCUAG